UUGGGAUUAAGAGAAAUAGUUAAAAAAAAGAGUUUCAAUGCAUAUAAUAUGUAUGACGUUGGUUUGAAGGCGAGAACAAAGUGCUUUGCUUCAUUAAAUAAACUAUAAAAGUCGUACAAUUCACUAACACUGUUAGUGUUCUGUAACGCAGACAUUCAUGAAACGCUUUAACAGAAUACAUACAGAAGCCUUUGUGUUACGUUUAAUAUCAGCCUCUUAGUUUAAAUUCGGAACGUGAUCAACAUGAUUGUGAGAGGUUUGGUUGUGGUUUUAAUAUUGCUUAAUUUAAAAAUGGGUGAAUCGAAUCGAUCAGUAUGUGUAACAGAUGGAUGUCAGAAGACUGCUCAGAGAAUACUGGACUAUAUGGACCCCUCUGUCAGACCGUGCGAUGACUUCUACAGAUUUGCUUGUGGUAAAUUCCUUCGCACCGCAGUAAUACAAGAUGAUAAGACGGAAAACAGUUCAUUUGUUCAAGUUCGUGAUGCCAUCAAGGAACCAUUGAGGAAUAUACUUCUCGAGAAGUCGUCACCCACUGAACCACAUCCUUAUAAAUCAAUGAAACGGUUAUAUUCUCUCUGUUUGGAUGAAAAAAAGAUUAAUGCCAGAGGCGUGAGCCACGCUGUCUCCAGACUCCAGAUUGCUGGAGGAUGGCCUGUGCUGGGUAACUGGAGUGAGAUCGGCUGGAGCUUCCUGGACACAGAAAUAAAACUGACAAAUCUCUUCAUCAAUGUUCGUAGCCUCUUUAAGAUCUACGUAACUGAGGAUUUAAAAAACACUAGCAGACGUGUAAUAGAGGUUGACCAGCCUGAAUUAGGACUUGCACGAGAGUUUUUAAUCAAAGGACUGAGUGAUCCUUUAGUGCAAGCCUACUAUAGUUAUAUGGUGGACAUCGCAGUGAUGUACGGAGCAGAAAGAGAAUUAGCUGAAGUAAAACUAAACGACAGCUUGAUGUUCGAGAUUGAGCUAGCAAAGAUAAUGACACCAAAAGAAGGAAGGCGGAAUCAUAACCGCAUGUAUAAUCCAUACGAACUACAAAUGCUAAUGGAAGAUAUAAGUUGGAUUAACUGGAAGGAACUUUUAAAUGGUAUAAUGCCGGUGUCUGUGUCUUUAAGGGAAAACGAGAUGAUUGUUGUUAAAGAAGUUGAAUACUUAAAGAAACUUCAGAAGCUACUUCAGAAAUAUUCCAAUGAAGCAAUAGCCAACUAUAUGAUGUGGAAAUCAGCUCGUGGAAUGGUUUACAUGCUAACCAAUCAGAUGCGAGAGAGAUAUAUGAAGUAUCUUAGCGUUGUUAAUGGAUCUACUAAGAGAGAGCCCCGUUGGAAAGAGUGCGUCGGUAUAACGCUAAGUUUUUCACUGGCCUUGUCGUCCAUUUAUGUAAAGAAAUACUUUGAUGAGACAUCCAAAGAAGUAGCUUUGGGUAUGACCAACAAAAUACGUGAUGAGUUUAUCCAAAAUAUUGAUGAACUGGACUGGAUGGAUGAACAGACUAAAAAGCAAGCUAAGUACAAGGCUUCCCGUAUGGUUUCCCACGUUGGGUAUCCCAAUGAGCUUACGAAUACUACAAAAAUUGAAGAGUUCUAUGAAGGACUGAACAUUAACAAGGAUAAUUACUUCGAAGCUCUGCUUGACUUGUCACGUUGGGAGUAUGACUACAGGUACCGCCUACUGCGAGAGGACGUGAACAGGACAGACUGGAGGAGUCAAGGUCGUAUUACUGAUGUCAACGCACAUUACAGUCCCGCGCAUAAUUCAAUUCAAAUUCCUGCUGGUAUCCUUCAACAUCCCUUCUUCAGCGCUCGAGUACCCGAGUAUGCGAACUACGCCAGGAUAGGGCUCAUCAUCGGCCACGAGAUCACACAUGGAUUUGAUGAUAUGGGAAGCCGCUUUGAUUUCCAAGGUAAUCUUAAAGACUGGUGGGAAAAGGAGAGCAAGGAGAAAUUUAUCAAGAAGAAGAAGUGUAUAAUAGACCAGUACAGCAACUUUAAGGACAAUCAGACUCAACUACACCUGAAUGGUGUCAACACGCAGGGAGAAAACGUUGCAGACAUUGGAGGGUUUAAGAUAGGUUAUCGUGCGUACCAGCGGAUGACACAUCGGUUACCUAAACCCGAACCAGGAUUGCCAAACUUGGAGCAGUACAGUAACGAUCAGCUGUUUAUGCUUAUUAUGGCCAAUAUGUGGUGCGGUGUACAUCGACCGGAUACUUUGAAGAUGAGAAUUAUCACAGGUGUACAUUCUCCAUACGAGUUCAGGACCAAUGGAGUACUAAAGAAUUUUCCAGAAUUUGCAAAUGCUUUCCAGUGCGGCCCAACGGACCCAAUGAAUCCAAAGAAGAAAUGCUCAAUUUGGUGAUAUCAUCAAGAUAUUAAUAAACAUCUAAAUAUAUAAUCUAGAUAAAUCUUAGCUUAAACAAAUCAAUAUACAUUAAUAAUAAAUAUAUAGUUAAUGUUUUUCA